AUGACGUCGGUCCUAUCACCCUCACCCGCUAUGAUCCCAAGCAUCACUCUCCUCGAUGUUGAUGGGAACGGCCGGGCCCAUACCCCGGAGUAUUCAAACCUCCCGAGGCCCUCCUCAGCGCCCGGCCAUAAAGCCCCGACCACAGAGCCGAAUCCGUCUCGUCGAUUUUCUUCAUGUUCUGCUCGAAGAGCAAGUUGUGAGAUUGUGAGCCGGCUUUCCGAUAGCUUCAUAACGGUCGAUACCUUUGCGAUACCCCAAAGCAAAAGCUCAAUCUCCGACACCCACCACAAAUCUUGUCGCGGUUCUCAACGUAUACAUCAUACCCCUCGCCGCUGCUCCUGGUCUGGUCAACGACCAAACUCAAAUCCUGUCGACACGCAGCAACCGAACUUCCCAACAUCACGACAUCACCGAUCCCAAUCGACAGACUCACCGUCGAAUCACCACAGCCUCCACAAGUCAUCAUCUACCAUCAUGGGCAAUUCGUUGUCCGCUUCGAUCUCGUCGGCAGCGAAAAAGGUGGGGAACCACCUCCCUAGUAUGAGCAAGAAGGCCGCCCCCGCUCCGCCAGCAGUCGAAGCGCCACGGUACACUCGCCGCAUCCCCAUCGACCUUGACGGGAACACCGAUAUCGAAUACCUUCAAUACGAGUAUCAGGAAGCGGUGGAUGCCUUGCUGGAGCUAUCGCCGGGCUGGCAACUCGCGGUCAAUCACGUUCCUGUUGAGGAUGUCGAAGUGGCGCCGACCGCGGCGGUGUUGCCCUCAUCUUCGCGGGAACCGAGUGGGCCAAAUACCCUUACCGCAUCACGGACCUCACCGCUUCCCGCCUCUGUGACCCACCGCCGACCACGGAAGUCGCUUAAACUGUCCGUUCCUGUCCUUCGCGACAGUGGGUGCGACGUCUUCGCAGCGGCCGAAGACAGCGUCGACGAUGACGCACUUGUCCAGCCGGCGCAGUGGGUAUCCCUGGACUAUUCACAGCAGGCGAUCGGUGGUCUUGUGCGUGUCCCUGUCAAGGUGGUAAACGUUGCGGAAGACUCUCCCGUUGCCGCCCCCUCGCCGGCCAAUUCGGAGGACGCCAGUAUUAUGACCAUGCCCAUCCCCACUGCCACCACCAAAUGGCCCGACCAGCCUCCGCCGCGCCCACCUCGAAUUGACUCUCGCCCGCCCGGACUCGACAGUGUAACGAACGCCGUCCGUUCCAUGCUUCCAAGCCCUCCACCUUCGCUAGAGCGACCGGUACGUUUCGACUCGUUGGCGUGCAAUGACCCGGACCCGCUCGCGGAAUAUGUGCGAUGGCAGAGAGCAGCCCAAGUCGAAAAGGAACGCAUUCGAGCCCAACGGAGAGCUCUCGUCCUUGGCCGCGCCGUCGGGCCGCCACUAUCGGCCUCAUCGCCAUCGGCAUCACCAACAUCACCUUCGUCAGCACCCGCCGCUGGCCGAUCCAUGUUCUCGUCGCUAAGAGGCGCCAUCAGAGCAGCUCGCCGGCGGUCGUCGUCCUCCCACUACGCCGCGACAGCGUCUGGCUCGCCACCACGACACUCGACCGUUACCCGUAAUCUCAGGUUACCACUCUCAGCGGCGGCGCCGGCGAACAAAAAGGGCCACGAGGACUUCUUGUCUCUCCUACUUUACCACGCUGAGAAUGGGUCCCCUGUCGCGUACCCCACCUACGACCCCAUAGCUAAUGCAGCGGCAUGCCGCACCGACCCCGAGCGUGCUGUCAACGAGGCGCUCUUUAUCGAACGAGUAGCUUGCGUUGAGUGA